AUGUUAGCCUAUGGCAAGAUCAGUGCCAAACAAUCGUUGCCUAAGCUACUUUUUAUUGUUGUGAUUGUGCGGAGAUGGAAUCCGGUAAACUGUGCUGUGAUGUGCGGUGCUGCUACCGGCAGUGGCGACGCACUGCGCAUGGUAGUCUAUGCCACCAGCCGAUACCCUAAUGAGCAUGCAAAACACGCGCUACCGUAUUCGCAAUAUGGCGCAAUUGGUAUGCAGUCGGGAGGGAAAUAUAAGAAGAAACGUAAUUUGUUCACAAAAUUGCAACUAAACAUGCUUCAGCGCAGGUUUGCUGAAAAGGAGCACAUAAGGCAGCCAGAGCGAGAUAACUUUGCGCAGAUGAUCGGCCUCACUGGAGAACAGGUGAAAAUCUGGUUCCAAAAUCAACGAUACAAGCGCAAGCAUCGAGAGAGCGGAAGACGGAAUGAGACUGUGAGCGGCUCCUCGGGUGCCAACACAAGCGUUUCAUCGCUGUCAUCACCAUCUCCAGGUGACUCUUCCGCGACGUUUUCGGGAAAUGUCAAACGAUCCUGA